UGUUGAUUUGCUAAGGCGAGAGAAGAAAGGAGUUAGAGCAUGUUCUGAGAGCGGGUACUGCGAACUGCCUUACUAUGCUGUAGCCCCAAUCCCCCUGCACUAUCCGGAAUCAAAACGUGCAACUUAGGUUUCAUCUUGUUUACAAAGAUAGCUAAAAACAUUGUUGAUCGGGGAAGGAGAGCCUCAUGAGUCGGCCUCGUGGUUUGCAUCGACAUCAUGGAUUUAACUAAAAUGGGUAUGAUCCAGCUUCAGAACCCCAACCACCCCAAUUCCCUGCUGCAGAAGGCCAACCAGAUGCGUCUGGCUGGAACUCUGUGCGACGUGGUCAUCAUGGUAGACAGCCAGGAGUUUCACGCUCACAGGACUGUGCUAGCCUGCACCAGCAAAAUGUUUGAAAUCCUCUUUCACCGCAGCAGCCAGCAUUAUACCCUGGACUUCCUAUCACCAAAGACUUUUCAGCAGAUUUUGGAGUAUGCUUACACUGCCACGCUCCAGGCCAAGGUGGAGGACUUGGAUGACCUUCUGUAUGCAGCCGAGAUACUUGAGAUUGAGUACUUAGAAGAGCAAUGCCUGAAGAUCCUGGAAACCAUCCAGUCCUCAGAUGAAAAUGAUGCUGAGGUCAACGCUAACGAUGGAAGCACAGAGGAGGACGAUGAGCGCAAAGGUCACAAUGGAGCCAAAAACUCAAAAAAGCAUUCCAUGGGGAGCCUCUAUCUGUCAGGUACACAGCAAGUCUCUAACAUGCCUGGGAUCGUCGACCAGAGUCCCUCCGUCUCCACUUCCUUCGGUGUCUCCACCCUGAGUCCCACCAAAGCUGCUGUGGACAGUCUGAUGAGCAUCGGCCAGUCUCUGCUCCAGCAGGGCUUUGGUGGUGAACAACUAGUUCACGGCAACUCCAACCAACUGAUGACAGAGAUCAAGACUGAGAUGAUGCAAGUGGAUAUGGGCGGCAAUGGCCAUGAAAGCCCACAGAACAUGGAGUCCAGUGCCUCCAGCAAUGGAGAACGAAGUGGGGAGGACAGGAACAGAGAUGGUCCCGGAACGCCAACCAGGAGCAGCGUGAUCACCAGUGCCCGUGAGCUGCAUUACGUCCGUGACGAAGGCAUGGGCGACUCUCAAGGUGAAGUCAGUCAGAUGGGGGUGGAAGCAAUGGCUGGAAUGACUGAGAAACAUCUGGCCUCUCUCUACUCCUUACCUGUCAAUCAUAAAUCAGAUGCCAUGAUGUCCAUGCCGGUAUCCAUGGCGUCCGCUCUGCCCAUGUCCCCAGCCCUGGCUAUGUCUAUGGACUUCAGUGCCUAUGGGGGACUCCUGCCUCAGAGUUUCAUCCAGAGAGAAUUCUUCAGCAAGCUUGGGGAGCUGGCAGUGGGCAUGAAACCAGACGGCAGGAACCAGCAUGAACGUUGCAAUGUUUGCGGUGCAGAGCUACCAGAUAAUGAAGCUGUGGAGCAGCACAGGUAA